AUGGCGUUUGCUAGGACAAAUGUCAGUUUGUCCCAGCCGGAUAUAACGCAAAAACUGACGGAGCGCGUAGAUGAUCUGAAGAAGAGAAUCGCUGCUUGGGGAAAGCGGAUUUGGCGAUAUACCGAGAGGUCGACACGGUUCAACCAGAGUCGUCUCUUCCAGAGUAAUCAGAAGAGGCUCUAUGAAUCAUUGGAGCGACCAAUGGUAAGUGGAACGGGUCCAGCACCGAAUCAGGCCGACACUGUAGCAUUCUGGCGCGGCCUGUGGUCAGAGCCCGUAAACCACAGCGAGGGCCCUUGGACGGAAGUUGUGGCGAGUCAGUGUGCGGGUAUUACGCCCAUGGACCCCGUCAUCAUAACGCCGGAUAACGUAGCUGAGGCGGUCCGUAGGGCCCCGAACUGGAAAAGUCCGGGGCUUGACGGGCUGCAUCACUACUGGCUGAAGGGGUUCAUGGUGUGUCACUCUGUGCUUGCCCGACAGUUUCAAGAGGCUCUCAACCAGAAGUCGCUUCCAAGCCUCUUCACUACUGGGAUCACUCAUUUGGUUCCUAAAGACCAGGGUACCACAGACCCGAGCAAAUACCGCCCCAUCACGUGUCUACCGACCAUAUAUAAGACACUAACAUCCAUUUUGAGCGCGAGAAUCACUCGUGAUUACUUCCUGGCGAGAUCGGAUGAUCGGUAUAUCUUGCGCUCAAAUACAUUUGAUGUCACCGAACUCGAACGGCUACGACGUGAGGCUGUUUCUUCAUCGGGUGAAAAUGCUGCGGCUGAGGAUGCGGCGCCACAACUUGCUGAGCAAACGGCAAAUGUGGAUGCCGCCGUGAAUACGCCAGUUGUGGUUGAUUCAAACAAUGACGGAACAGUCGCCCAGGAACUGGAACUAGAGCAAAUGAGGAGUACAUUGGAGGAGGCGAUUGUGGAAACGCGCAGUACGCCUCUCGAAAAUCGACCGCGACUUCCCCGCUUAGCCCUAAGCGAGCGGAAUCGGGCUUUCGUGAGGGCUCUGAACCCAAUGCUGGUUACCUACUUGGAAGCCAGCCGGGACCUAUGCGAGACGGACUCAAUUCUUUUUGGCGCCGCACUGGCAGUCUGCCGUAUUAUAGGCGCCACACUUUCCACGGCUGGACGCGCUACUGGACAAAGUAGUGCUAUCCCAGCCUGGAGAAUAAGAAUUGAAGAACGGCCCUCAUCGGCAGACUGA